CGGGUGUGUAAGCGUUGACGUUGAUAAAUGUUCUUCAUUGUUGUGAUUAAAUGCUUGAAGAUUUUGUUUAGUACAAAUGACCUGUCUUUUUCUAUUGGGACCACGUUUCACGUGCUUUUACAUUUUUAGUUGUCGAAAUUUGUCAAAAACUGUUAUAUAUACCACCCUCAAACCUUUACCCUAUGCAUCUUAAAUUUAGCCAUUGCAAUCCUGUUCAGGAGUAGCAUUUAUGGUCUUGAAAUAGUUGGUAACAAGUCUUCUGAUAUAAACUCUCUGGUAUUUUGUACUGAUAAAACUAUUCUUCAAUAUAUUGUUCUUGCAAGUUCUUUCCAACAUAGUUUGUGUUAUUGCUGUCAAAAAAAUCCUGCAGCAAGAAUUUACAAAACUCGAACUCAUUGACUGAUAGAAGUGUGUACUUCUGGCUUCCUUCGAAAUACAAGAUGGGAGAGAGUGCUGCCACCAAUAACCACCGCCAGCACGGCCAAGCAUUUGACAUUUCUGUCGACGUGCCACCACAUUUUAGCUCCAAGGCUAUUGAUGAUGAUGGUCGACCCCAAAGAACUGGGACUGUUUGGACUGCCAGUGCACACGUAAUAACCGCGGUGAUUGGAUCCGGAGUGCUUUCCUUGGCGUGGGCUAUAGCCCAGUUGGGAUGGAUUGCCGGUCCAACCGUGAUGUUCUUAUUCGCCUUUGUGAUUUAUUACACCUCAACUCUCCUGGCUGAUUGUUACCGGUCUGGGGAUCCCCUAUUUGGCAAGAGAAACUAUACUUAUAUGGAUGCUGUUCGGUCCAAUCUUGGCGAAUCUAAAGUAAAGUUAUGUGGCCUAAUUCAGUAUAUGAAUAUUUUUGGAGUGGCCAUUGGAUAUACAAUUGCAGCAUCUAUAAGUAUGAUGGCUAUUAAAAGAUCCAAUUGUUUCCAUGAGAGUGGAGAGAAAAAUCCAUGUCACGUAUCAAGUAAUCCAUAUAUGAUUGGAUUUGGGAUUACACAACUACUAUUUUCUCAGAUUCCUGAUUUUGAUCAAAUAUGGUGGCUCUCAAUUGUUGCUGCUGUCAUGUCCUUCACAUAUUCUUCAAUCGGAUUAGGCCUCGGAGUUGCAAAAGUUGCAGCUAAUGGAACCAUAGGAGGAAGUUUCACUGGAAUAAGCAUUGGAACUGUGACUCAAGCACAAAAAAUAUGGAGGAGUUUCCAAGCUCUUGGAAACAUUGCUUUUGCAUACUCAUUUUCAAUCAUCCUCAUUGAAAUUCAGGACACAGUCAAGUCCCCACCAUCAGAGGCAAAAACAAUGAAGAAAGCCACACUAAUAAGCACUUCUGUAACAACACUCUUCUACAUGCUGUGUGGCUGCAUGGGCUAUGCAGCAUUCGGAGAUCGUUCCCCCGGUAACCUCCUAACCGGAUUUGGAUUCUACAACCCGUAUUGGCUUCUCGACAUAGCAAACGCGGCCAUUGUAAUCCAUUUAGUCGGAGCCUACCAAGUUUACUGCCAGCCACUCUUUGCCUUCAUUGAAAAGUAUACAGCAGAAAAAUGGCCAGAAAACAAGCUCAUAGCCAAAGAUAUCAAAAUCCCAGUUCCAUUUUUCCAACCAUAUAAUCUAAACCUCUUUCGAUUAGCCUGGAGAAGUGGAUUCGUAAUUUUAACCACUGUUAUAUCAAUGCUUUUGCCUUUCUUCAAUGAUGUUGUGGGAAUUCUUGGGGCAUUUGGAUUCUGGCCAUUAACUGUGUAUUUCCCAAUAGAAAUGUAUACUGCACAGAAGAAGCUAGAGAAAUGGAGUUCAAGAUGGAUUUGCCUGCAAAUGCUGAGUGUUGCUUGUUUGAUAAUUUCAGUUGCUGCAGCAGCUGGUUCCAUUGCUGGUGUGGUGCUUGAUCUUAAGGUUUACAGGCCAUUCAAGACUAGCUAUUGAGUUGCUUGAUCUUAAGGUUUACAGGCCAUUCAAGACUAGCUACUAGAUUAUUAAUAUGUGAUUUGAUGGUGUUGUUGAUAUGUACUUUUGUUUUGAAUUUGUCUGCAAAUAAUCAGCAGCCUCAUAGUAAAAAUGGCAAUGAAUUUGACCUUUGUUCAUUCCAUAUUUAAAACAAGCAUUUGAUUUCACA